AUGAAUACUUUGCACAUUGUCUACAUCAUCGUUGAGGUGCUGAUAGCAGUGACUGCCACCUUAGGAAAUGCUCUAGUGAUCUGCGUGGUGAGACGGAUCCCAGCCUACCAGAACACCACUUUUUACUUCAUCGUGUCCUUGGCACUGGCUGAUAUUGCCGUUGGGGUCCUUGUUGCCCCUCUGGCCGUUGUGCUGAGGCUGGAGGUUGUUCUCCACUUCUACGCUUGCCUUUUCAUCUGCUGCAUCUUGAUGAUCUUUUGUCACGCUUCCAUCAUGUCCCUGCUGGCCAUUGCAACAGACCGAUAUCUGAGAGUGAAACUGGCCAUACGGUGAGUACCACGAAGUCAUGGCUGUGGAUUUUCAUUGGAAAAGUUACAAUAUAUCCCAUGCACCAAAAUAAUGUCGUAGCACCUGUAAUGCUCCUUGUGCUUUCUCCCAGCCUGCCGAAAAUGAAAAAGUCUGUGACAAAUCAUAGUAUAAGGAUGGUGCUGCAAGCAGAAUCCCAUCUGUAAAAUAUUUUAAACUAACCUGCUUUUUCAAAUAGAUACAAAGCAAUAGUCACACGGAGAAGAAUCUGGGCGGCUCUGAGUUUCUGCUGGAUCACGUCUCUGUUGGUGGGGCUCGUGCCCAUGUUUGGAUGGAACCUAAGGAAGCCUGAAAACCCCAUCUACUUGAAGUGUUCUUACCCAAAGGUGAUGAGCAUGGAUUACGUGGUGUACUUCAGCUUCUUCUCCUGGAUCCUUGUCCCACUGCUGAUCAUGUGUGCUCUCUACUCAGAGAUCUUCAACAUCCUCCAAACAAAGCUGAAACAAAAUGCAACAUCCAUGAAAGGAACACGGAUCCUUUAUGGGAGGGAGUUCAAGAUGAUCAAAUCUUUGGCUCUGGUCCUCUUCUUGUUCAUUGUGUGCUGGCUGCCUCUGCUCAUUAUCAACUCCGUCUCGCAUUUCUGCCAAACAUGUCGUGUCCCCCUGCCGGUGUUAGAUGUGGCCAUCCUGCUCUCCCAUGCCAAUUCUUCCUUAAAUCCCAUUGUGUAUGCCUUGAGAAUCAAAAGGUUCCGAAAAAUGUAUAUCCUGAUUUUGAAAACCCAUGUCUUCUGCCUGAAACAAGAACCAGACACAUCUAAAAUGGAGAACACGUCCUCGGAUCAGGUGAUAGAAGAAAGUAUCUGA